UCCGGUGACGUCACUAACGUAUAGUUAGCAAGAACGCUAACAAGCUACAGACACUGACAACUUCUAAUGGAUGCUGGGUUUUAUUAGGACUUCAGACAGCUUCGAGCGUGUUUAGUAAGUCUAAUGAGAGGAGGAGCACCUGAGGGGAAGGAGAGACGAUUUGAAAAUGCAUCCCUGCCCUGUUUGUCCAAAAUCUUUCCCAUCACCAUAUAAACUUCAGAGACAUUAUCUCAUCCAUACUGGCCAGAAGCCCUUCAUCUGCACAAUCUGUGGAACAUGUUUCACCCAGUCGGGUCAUUUAAAAACACACUUACAGAAAGUCCACCAUCCAAGGCUUCCAACAGACUGUCUACAGGAUAUCACCGUAACUCGUAACCAACAAGCAAAUAAUCAUAAACCAGCUGCAGGGAUUAACGCGGAUGGCAGUUACGAUUGCAAUGCAAUGCCUUCGACUGUGUCGUCUUCUGUGGCCUACCAGCUAGAGUGGAAAAGGGAAAAUGUGUCUCACAAAACUGUGCAUUCACCAAAAAAUAUGCCACGUGAAAGUGAUGCCUCGGUGACUCGGAGCAGUGUCUCAGAUGUUAUGGAUCCAAUAACUCAGGAGCAAGUUGAUUGUGCUAAUGAAGACUUAUCUGUGAUCAAUGCUCACAAUGGAUACACCUGCAAGUUCAGCUUGAAGUCAUUGACUUCGUCUCCUCACCUCACCUCUCCAACUCAUAACAAACCAACACAGCUUGAGAGGAGCAGAGAGUCAGGCCAGGCCUACUCAAAAGGGCACCUGCAGUCGCAAGAAUCGAGCUCCAGCGGAUGCAAAAUGACUUUCAAUCACCGGUGUCCUAUAUGUCUCAAAACCUUCUCCUCACCAUCAAAAUUACAACGGCAUUCCCUUAUUCAUACGGGGCAGAAGCCCUACUCAUGUGUGUUCUGCCGGAAAGCCUUCAGACAGAAGGGCCACUUGAAAUCCCAUUUAACUUCAGCAAAUACAUGUUCACUCUCUGUCCGUACGGAAAGGGAAAAGCAUCAGUUUUGCAAGAGCAGACAAACCUCCGGUAUGCCGCUUCGGUCGUCCGUUCAGCAGCGUCCUGCCAGCCAACGCACUCAUGGGAAUUCCUCAGUGGAGCUACAGUGUCAAAUAAGUUUAAAUGCUGUGCAGGACCUGGUCGAGACAGAAAUCAAGUCAGAAGCAGCCGUGAUACCAGAACAAUCAUUCACAACAAGCAGUCAGUGUCGGCGUAUUUGUCAUAAGUCAGGUGGACAAGAGCAGGGACACUUUACACAUAAAUCCAUGAAGCCAUUCCAGUGCAUGAUUAGCAACAGGUCCUUGAAGUUGGAAGGUAAUUUAGUACGUCGUCAUGAAAUGCAUCGGAACCUAAAAGAAUUGGGAACUCCUACCACAGUGCAAAGCAGCAAUAACUUGAACAUUUCUGAUUCUGAGGAAAUAAGACGUCUGCCUGAACCCAAUGUUGCAGAUCCCAUUGACCUGAACGUCAUUGUUAAGCCAGAAACAUGGAGCGUAAAUUGCAGUGAUUACGAUGACUCUCUCCCUCAGGAUUGUGAGAUGGUCACAUCCGCAGAACAGCAGAGGGAAACCUGCAAAGCCACCAGUGAGCAGCAGAGAACACAUCAGUGCCGUGCAUGUUUGAAAUGUUUUCCAUCUGUAUCAAAACUCCAAAGGCACACAUUGACUCACACUGGACAAAGGCCCUUUGGCUGUGAGAUAUGUGGAAAGAGAUUUCGUCAGAAAACACACUUGAGGGUCCAUUGUCGCACACACCUGUGGUCUAAAUAUCACAGACAACGAUCAUUGUAUAUCAAUCGGCCACCUUCUUGCAGAGGUGGGUUUGACAGAAGGACUGCAGCAGACGUCCCGGUCCAGGAAAUGGUACUACACAAGGAUUUUGAGACGCACGCCGGCAGCGAUCUAGUCUCUUUGAAACAUCUGGAUCAGACCCCCUGCGUGGUGAUUUUUCCGAGUUACAACAGGGAAUCGGAUAAGUUGUCGCCACAUAUCUCAAAGCAUAUGGAGGUUGCGCGAACAGUUUCUACAGUGACUGUGAAAAGGACACCGAUCCCUAAUUCAAUGCAAAAUCCAGUCAUCGUACAACACAAGUGCUUCUGCUGUUUAAAGUGUUUUCCAAGCGCCUCCAAAUUACAGAGGCACGAGAUGGUACACACCGGCUUGAAGCCAUUUCCGUGUGUUUUAUGUGGGAAAGCGUUUAGGCAAGCUACACAUCUGAAAAGCCACGAAAGAACUCACUGUGAGAGGAAACCAUCCACGCCAGUCCAUCAACAGGAGAACAUUAGAAAACUGAAAGCAGAUCGUCAACGGCAGCCCAGGAUCAGUGUUGGGAUCCCUCAGCAGAAUAUAUCUGUGAACAAAGGCAGUACACUUUCAAGGUCUGAUGGUGCAGAAGGUAAUGAAGUGAGUGCAGUGCUGUGCACCAGGCAUGCAUUACCCAUCACAAAAGGGAGCAAUCUCAUUAAGACAAAGUUUAGAAGUAACGUAACUUGUAAGAAAAGGAAACUUCACACGUGUCGAAUAUGCUUUCAGAACUUUGCGUUUCCAUACAAGCUCUCGAGGCACUUGGCCACUCACUCUGGGAUGAGGCCAUACAAAUGCACCUCGUGCAGCAAAACCUUUACACAGCGUGGCCAUCUAAAAGUUCACGAGCACAGAUGCAGACAGGUUAACAGGGCCUCGCAUUAUGUUCAAGGAGAAAUGAUUAAUACCAACCAUCUCCAGGAGAAAUGCCUUGAUGACCUGAGUGGUCGGACAGAUUGUCAUGCGGAUGCAACAAGAGAGCAGGUAGAGUCACAAUAUGCACGUGUUGGUCACUCGUGUAUUGAUAGAGGUUCAUCUUAUUUCUCUGAGGCAAUACACACUGAAUGGUUGUCAGAAGUCGGCUUACAAGGGGAGAAUGAUGAAUUGGAGAAAGAGAUCAGAGAUGAUUGUUAUCAGGCUACAUGCGACUAUGAUCAGGCUACAGACCGUUAUAGUUAUUCCUUUCCCUCUGAACUUUCCUUUGAAAUAGACAAGCUUGUCCAAAAUCAAAACAUGGCAGCGCCACUUUUCUCACAGUAUGAGAGCAAUGCACAUAAUGUAGAAGCACCAUGUCAGCCUAAAGGCGUUACGGCUGUUUCAGCUAGCAACGAGCUGCUCGGUGAUGAACCGGUCACUCCUUUGGUUGACAAUAAAAUGCCAGAUAAUUACUGGUGUGAACCACUGAAUGUGUUUGAAUGUCACAUGUGCUCUGCAGUUCUUCGGAGCGAAAACGAUCUCGAGCAACAUAUUUGUUCAACUGACGUUCAACCGAAAAUGACAGUGUCAGCUAGGAAGAAUCGUUGUGACAUCUGCUUUAAAGAUUUUCUUUCUCCCUCUAAACUUAAAAGGCAUUAUCUUAUCCACACAGGUCUGAGGCCGUUUCGGUGUGACAUUUGUGGCAAAACAUUCACACAGUCGUCCCACGUCAGAACCCAUCGACUGACUCAUUGAAGUUAAUCAAUAUUACAGUGUAAUAUGUGUUUUGUGUGUAAACUUGUAGUUAUUAAUAUGAUGAUUUGAGUUCCCUGUAUGUAUGUAUGUAAAAUAGGUAAUAGAUGUCUAAAAAUACAGACGUAUAUAUUUUUGUAUUUCAUUAAUUAAACAUGUUUUAUAUCCUA